AGCAGCAGCAGAAACAGCAACAAUAACAGCAACAGCAGCAGCUACUACUAAGAAGCAUGAUGAAUGUUGAGCUGUUGGUGUCUUUGGUGUCUGAACGCCGAGAGCUUUAUGAUAAACGCCACAGCGACUAUAAAAACAUUGAUAAGAGGGAGUUGUUGUGGCAAGAAAUUGCAGAUCAAACAGGAUUCGACGUGGAGGAGGUUAAACUGAAGUGGAAGAGUUUACGCGAUACAUACACGAGGAAAAAGCGUGAGGAGGACUGCAGGAGUGGACCGACUGCUAAAAACAAGAAGCAGUGGAAAUACAUGAAGGUGAUGGAGUUCCUCGCAACAUCAACUGAAUUUCGAAGCAACAUUUCUGAAAACACUGAUGAAGUGGAUGACCAAAACGAUGCAAGUGAAAGCGAACGAGCGAGCACUUCUUCAGGAGUGUCCGUCCCCAGCCCAGCAGUGAUUAGGUCUAGUGCGGGCAAGAGAAAGCGGUCAGAGAUGCCGGACUUCUUGGAGAAGUAUCUACUAUCCAAAGAAUCCAGGGAAAGAGAGAAAGAGGAGCGCAGAGAGCAACGAAGAGCGCAAAAGAGAGCACUAAAGAACGAUGACAUUUACUUUUUUAUUCAUAGCUUGGUACCUGCAUUAAAGAGAUUGUCCCCACCCCAGCUGUCUUCAGUCAAACUUCAAAUACAACAGUUAUUGCACGAUGCUGAGUUUGGUCAGCCCUCUUUUUCUCAGUUUCCUCACCAAUCACCUACGUCCUUACAUCAGGUCACCCCGGAGACCGCUACAAACUAUGAGUGCUCUGCCAGGUCAAAAAGUGUGUGAAUGUCUUUUUGCAAACAUGUAAAUACUGACUCUGUUCUUCUUCUCAGUGAUAAGCCAGCUGUCAGAAAUGGAAAGUUGUGCAGCGCCACCUUGUGUACCGGGGGAUUUCUGCUUUUCAAUAAGCACCAUCUACUGUCAGGGAGUGAAAUUGCACUUUCAUUUAGCGCUUGAUCGAGUUUAACUAUGGGGUUGGAAUUGUUUCAUAAUUCCAAAUAAAUAGAUUACGAUCUGCAAAUAAAUGUAGUGAGAUUUACAAAAAUUAAACAUUCACAAUUACAUUGAAUGAGGGCCACAAAUAUGUUAGUAGUUUCACAGAAAUAAAUUAAAUUGACAAAUAAAAACAAGUGAAAUUUGCAACAAAAAUUUUUUUUUUGCAAAUAUGUUUUUGUCACAAACACAACUCUGCCCUGCAUUCGUUUGUGGAUCGCAUCCUGUGCAUUUGUGGAUUGGUGCAGGCAUUUAUGGAUUUUGAAACAUUUCUAGCACCAAGAGUGCACACAACUCCACAAAUAGUUGGACUCCGCCCACCGUCUUCUCAGGCCAAUCAGAUAACCGCCACAUUGCAGUGACCAAUUGUAGCACAAUAUCACGCCAACCAAUAACAUUUUGUUUUACAGUCAGUCUGCCAAGAGAUGUCUAAAAUCUUGCUAACUAAUUGAGCUUUUCUCACAAUUUGAUCAACUUUUCAUAGUGGAAUGAACAUAAGCUUAAUCAGUUCAGUCUGCAAAAUGUCUGUGAUGCACAUGCACUGUCAGUCAUCAACAAAACAGAGCAGAUAACAAGAAAUUUAGCAGAACAGAACAACAAAUGGAUGAAUUAAUCUACAGUUAUUUCAGCAUAGACAUAGUGGUGACAAUGAUAAUUUGAGUGAAGAAACAGCAACAAGGCUGUCAUCACAUCACACCUCAUGAGAGCAGACUGGGGUGAUAGUUCAUGUUGUUCAUUCACUGUUUGUCCAUGUACUUGUCUGAUUUGUUUUUGUGACUCAUAUGCAAACUUGUGGAUCAUCAGAUAUUUUGAUUCAGAUAAACUCCAUUUCAUGUGACAUCACUUUCAUCAUAGUCAACAAUCUUGGCAGAAUGGAGAAGGCAGUGGAGGAAGGAAGGCAGGGAAAAAUAGACAUCAGCAUCAAAGUAGCACAAACACUGCUGUGCCUUCUCUGAGUACCCCUGAAUACAUUUGAGUUCUCAGCUGUUUGGUAGAGCACAUUUUGAGUCACUACAUCUUAUUGAAAAAUGUGUUGAACUUAACACGGCCUAAUUGAGCCAUCUCUACCACUUAGUUUAGGUUUGUUAUGUUAAAAACAUACACAUAAACAUUCACUAAAUGUUGCUGUGUCUAUAUGUUGUGUGCCUUUUCAGUUUGCCUUCUUACAGGAAGUUAGCAACAAGAAAGUCACUGCAGACAUCCGCCUCUGGGCUUUAUUUGAACUUUUUUUUUGUAUUCGGUAAAUGUACUUAUACUCUUACCAUGAAGUGACUUUGGUAUACAAAAAAAAAAAUAAACAAAAACAAAACUGUGGGGUGUUUUAAAAAAGAAACAUUGUUUGUUGUUUAUUUAAUGCCCCAAGGAAAU